AAACAAUUUUUGUUUAUAGCGGUAGAAUGUUUUUACAAUUAUUAUUCUAAAAUAAGAAUUUAUUUGAAUUAAACGCGAUAUAUAUAUAUAUAUAUAUAUAUAUAUAAAUAUAGCAAGAAAAAUAUUAAAACACCAGAUUAAUAACGAUAAAAAUUCAAAACUAACAAAAAGUAUGCCAACUAUUAUUGCUUUGGAUGUGUCAUUAUCUAUGCAACGCCAAAUACCCGGCCGGAGUGAAGAAAAUGCUCUUACAUACCAUCAGUUAGCAGUCAAGGGUAUAUCGCAAUUACUGGAACAUUUGUCGGCUACAUCAAAGUUGGAAUAUGUUUCAUUAAUCAUAUACUCCACAACAUCCGAGGUAAAGGUGGAUUUUACAAGAGAUUAUGACAUGAUUCGUCAAGCUCUAAAAAAAGUAGAACCUGGCGACAAGCUUUGCCUCAUCAGUAUGUUGAAAAAUGUUGCUAGUAUAUUGUCCACGAAUUGGGGCACUCAGAACUACUCUCAGGUUGUGGUGUUUACAGAUUGUGGUUUGGGUUUUGGCAGCACCGCACUCAAGGGCUUUUUCCACAGUUAUGUGGACAAAGAAGAUGAACCGCAAUUCGACUGGAUUAAACAACUGAAGGCGGUCAAGUUAAAUUUUGUGUGUAUGGGAGUUCAAAGUGAUUAUUACUUCACACGAUCCUUGCCAGUAUAUCAGCAGCUUAUCGAUUUUACAGGGCUUAAAGCUCAACUUUAUAUGCCGAAAGCAGUAAAAGAAACCGUGGAAGGUACUGAAAAUACAAAUGACACCAAUAAGUCCUCAAACAACAACAGCGUCAAUACAACGACAUCUACAACGGGAUCGCAUUCAAGCCACAAAAGUGAGCUUGGUCGCACUGCUAUGUUCGAUUUAAUUGAAAGAAUUUGCGAGGCCAAUUUCAAACCUUACGAAGUUACUCUUAAAGCUGGUGGAUAUUUCCGAUUAGAGUGUCCUGUCGUUAUAUGGCCACGACCGGUACCAUAUAAAAUGGAAAAUAGUGAAAGAACUGAAAUACAAAUAUCACAGAAAAUAGAGAUCUGCGGGUUUUUGUCACUUUCGGAAAUUGGUUCACCCGUUUCUUUAAGCCGACAUUUAGUUGUUCCUAAAGUGGAUAGAGAAAAGCCAGUUCGACGUUCAUCCGAAAAAUCAAGUUCCUCAAAAUCCUCAUCAAGUGUUAACGCCAGUUCUACUACAAAACCAACAUUAGACGUAAACCAACCAAACUAUGAGUACGAAAAAUUAGAACAGGAAAUACGAGAAUUUUACACAAAAGACAUUAAAGACGGCGAUGAGAGCAGUGAGGAUACUGAAACCAAUAUGAAUAAAAGUGGCAGUGGUGCCUUAACAACCGCAGCUGAAAGAGAAUCGAUGUGCGUAUUACUCCAUGGCGCUAUGAAAGUCGAAAACUUAGCUGCUUUGGUAUUACUAAACGAUAAUUGGUAUGGUUUUCUCUAUUCCUAUGCGGAUAGUAAGAAAAAGUCCAAUUUAAUGUUGAACAUCUUGCCACCUGGUAAUAAUGUUAUUCCCUGGUUGGGCGACUUGCAGUUAUUGGGUUUUGUUGAAGAUUUAAUGCCCGGCGAAACAAGCGCGUUUCCAGUGAAGGCCGAUAAACGUUCAUAUUCGCAAAGUUGUGUGGUGUGGAUAAAACAGGUGAGUUUGCAGUCCGAUGUGCAAAAAGUGCUGCGACAUGCGAAGAAAAUGCCAGAGAAGACGCAGCAUUUCUUCAAGGAAUUGAACCGCAUACGACGUGCUGCACUAUCCAUUGGCUUUGUUGAUCUACUCGAAGCUAUGGCGACCCUAUUUGAAAAGGAAAUUUCACAACUUUCGUUGGGCACUAAUCCAGAGUGCAGCAUGCAACUAAAACAUGCCGCAAAUGAAUUGCGCACUGAAUCAAGUCUGGACAUAAAGACGUCGAUUGUGCCAUUACAAAAAUUCGGGUCAGCGGGUGGUGGCAACGAUAGCGCGCCUUCGUCAGUAUCUGGUUUUAUGUAUUAAGUAUCUUAAAGACGACCAUUUUAUGGCAAAUGAAACUUUUACAAUUUGUGUAUACGUUUUUAUAUUAUGCAUCUAAAAUAUAUGAUAUACAUAUAUUAAAUGACACUAAUUUCAAUACAAAAAUUGAAUUUAAA